AUGGCUUCCGAAGGGAUUGAUGAUUGGGAUGCGCCGUUGCCCUCUUCAUCUACCAUUGAACCUGAAGAAGAGGAGAUAAUAUUGGAGGACAAAAAAAAGGAACUGAAAAAUAUGGAAAAGUUAAAAAUAUAUGUGGCCCGUAUGUCGUAUAAGCCAGCACCGCCACCAUGUGUGAGACCACGUACAGAUCAAAUAGCUGCUCCGCAAAAACGCAUCAUUGUAGACAGUUAUCUUGAGCAUGGCAAAGUAUUAACGCCUAAGGAACGACGUCAGCGUGUCAAAAGACUGGCACGUAAAUAUAAUGCUAUAUCGACUGAACAAUUAGAACAAAUUAUAAAGAAUCAAAAAUGUAAAGAACGCAAACGUGAAGAUCUUUACAAGCGCAAACAAGAACUUUACUAUGAAAUGCUCACCAAACUUGAGCGUCAGUGUCGCACGCAAUAUCUAAAUGUUUUGAUUAAAAAGUUCUCAAAUUUCAUAGCAAAACUGGCUACCACAAUGCAAAUACCACCACAAUUAGUUGAGCCAUAUUCACGCAUGCAACGUGGCAUAUUCUGCAACAUACUACUGGCGAUCGGUGUGCAACCGACUAAUCAGAAUGCUAUUUAUUAUACCACACCCGAAGCAAUGGAAUACGAAGUAUGCCACAAGUUGGCGCAUGCCUUGCUUAGUCUUAUCAUAAAAGCGCUCGAUUCGGCGUCCACUAAAAAUCCCGAUGAAAUUGUGCCGCAAGAAGCUGACUUUGAGAUGGAUCGCUAUAUUAAGGACCGUCUAAUGUGCGCUGCCGAAAAGAAAAUAUUAAGCUCACGCAAUCAACAUCAGAAACAGUUGAACUCCACAAAUUCAUUAGCAGCAAUGCUGAAGAAAUGUGAAAAUUUCAGCGUAAAAACGUGUAUAUAGUCAAAUUAUAUAGUAUAAAAUUAAUAAGUUUAUUAAUUGUAAUACAAAAAUAGUUAGAAUAUGAUUGCAGUGAACCAACCAAUAAAAUAAUUUCUAUACAUUCAAGCA